AUGCUGCCCCUCGGAGUGCUGCUGCUGCUGCUGGUCCUGCUGGCUGGCACCCGCCUGCUGUGGAACCAGUGGAAGCUCAGGAGCCUCCACCUCCCCCCUCUAGUCCCUGGCUUUCUGCACCUGCGACAGCCUGACCUCCCCAUCUAUCUGCUUACCCUGACUCAGAAGCUCGGGCCUAUUUACAGACUGCGCCUUGGGCUGCAAGAUGUGGUGGUGCUGAACUCUAAGAGGACCAUCGAGGAAGCCAUGGUCAAGAAGCGGGAGGACUUUGCCGGCAGACCCCAAAACCCAUCUUACAGGAUGAUGCCACACUACUCUGAGGACCUCGCGCUGGGGGACUACUCCCUGCUCUGGAAGGCCCACAAGAAGCUCACCCGCUCAGCCCUGCUGCUGGCUAUGCGCAGCUCCGCGGAGCCCCUGGUGGAGAAGCUGACCCAGGAGUUCUGCGAGCGCAUGCGAGCCCAGGCGGGCACCCCUGUGACCAUCCAGAAGGAAUUCUCUCUCCUUACCUGCAGCGUCAUCUGUUACCUCACCUUUGGAGACAAGGAGAAUACGUUAUCACAUGCCUUUUACAACAGUGUUCAGGACUUGAUGGAAACCUGGGACCACUGGUCUGUCCAAAUUUUGGAUAUCUUUCCUAUUCUCAGGUUCUUCCCCAACCCAGGCCUCUGGAGGCUGAAGCAGGCCGUGGAGAAAAGGGACCGCCUUGUAGAGAAGCAGCUGAUGCAGCACAAGGAGAGCAUGGUGGCAGGCCUGUGGAGGGACUUGAUGGACUACAUGCUGCAGGGGAUAGGGGAGCUGCGAGAGGAGAAUGGCCCUGGACACCUCCAUGAAGGGCACGUGCACAUGUCUGUGGUGGACCUUUUCAUCGGUGGCACGGAGACCACAGCGAUCACUCUCUCCUGGGCUGUGGUGUUCUUGCUUCAUCACCCUGAGAUUCAGCAGCGGCUGCAGGAGGAGGUGGAUCGAGAGCUGGGCCCCAGCGCCUCAGGCUCCCGAAUUCCAUACAAGGACCGUGCACGGCUGCCCUUGCUCAAUGCCACCAUCGCUGAGGUGCUGCGCCUGCGGCCUGUGGUGCCCUUGGCCUUGCCACACCGUGCUACACGGUCCAGCAGCAUCCUCGGCUAUGACAUCCCCAAAGGCACAGUCAUCAUCCCCAACCUCCAAGGUGCCCACCUGGACGAGACUGUCUGGGAGCAGCCACAUGAGUUCCGGCCAGAUCGCUUUCUGGACCGUGACCCAAAUCCUAGUUCGCUGGCCUUCGGCUGUGGGUCCCGCAUAUGCCUGGGGGAGCCGCUGGCACGCUUGGAACUCUAUGUAGUGCUGGUGAAACUGCUCCAGGCCUUCACGCUGCUGCCGCCCGAGGGCGCCCUGCCCUCCCUGCAGCCCCAGCCCCACUUAGGCACCAACCUCAAGAUCCAGCCUUUCCAGGUGCGGCUGCAGCCCAGGGGGUAGAGGGGCUUGGACCCGGGGGAGCACCGGUGACAGCGCAGGACACACACCUUCCUCAGUUUCUCCUUUUAUUGCUCCCACACAAACCCCUCCCCUCCCCCCUGUAAACAUAGUGCUGUGAGAUCGUGGAGAAGGCUCCAGUGGCUGGGUGCUGAAGGUGGCCCCUGGCUCUUCUCUGGGCGCGACCCCUCAGUGCGCGGCAGUCAUACGGGGGCGCGGGAGCCGCGAGCAGCGCUCAGUCUCCCUGGGCUGGAGGCUGGUAGUUUCUUGGUCUCAACUUCAUUUCCGUGAAGGGCACAGAGAACUCAAAGCCCUUCCAGUAGUACCAGCUCACUCCCUGGGAAGGGUGUCGUGGAGAGAGUGUCAGAGCCAGACCUGCUCUCUGCUCCCCCCACCCUGCUCCCUCCAUAGCCCUCGACUGCAGAGGACAGAGGCUUAGCCGGGAGCUGUCCCUUUCCAUCCAAUAAAUUGUCUCCUCCGUGACAUACC